GUUUGUUCCAAUCCAACCACCCAAACAGGCCCUUCCGAGUCAUGAUGAGUGGACGACGGUCUACAUCUCCGAGGUUGCCGGUUACGCAUCGCUGUGGUUUCUGGAUUCUGUAACCCGUGUGGAUCUAGUCUUUGAAGUUCAAAGAGAGCAGCUUUUGCUUAGGUUAAGGUUUCAUUCUGGGGUCGAGUAAUGGCGAUCAUAACGGAAGAACAAGACCAACAAGAACCCAAAGCCCAACAAUCACAGAAGCGACCUGCCAACCCCGUCAAAACCAAACCAUCCGCUAGCUCAAGAACAAAUGAACAUCAAUCUCUUGGAAUAAAUCCAUUCUCCUUCUGGUUCUACUUUACUCUUUCUGUCUCUCUCAUCACUCUCUUGUUACUCUCUAUUUCUUCUCUCUCCCCACAAGAUACCAAGAGCUGGUUUCUUAGCCUACCGGACACCCUCCGCCAACAUUAUUCAAAAGGCCGCAGCAUUAAGGUGCAGACACGUCCUAAUCAACCACCCACUGAAGUGUUCACCGUCGAAGAAGGCCCCAAAGCGUCGGAGAAUGUAAUCAUUGUACACGGCUUGGGGCUUAGUUCAUACUCUUAUCGCCAGGUUAUUAAAUCUCUAGGUGCCAAGGGAGUUCGCGUGGUCGCAUUAGAUCUGCCAGGGAACGGGUUCUCCGACAAAUAUACGGAAGAGUUUGUCGAGGGGCCAGUGGGGAUUUUGGGGAGGUUUUGGUAUGUGUACAGCGAGAUUCAGGAAAAGGGGUUUUUCUGGGCGUUCGAUCAAAUAAUCGAAACUGGUCAGAUUCCAUAUGAAGAAAUACAAGCUCGGAUGGCGAAGAGGAGGAUAAUCAAGCCUAUUGAGUUAGGGCCUGAAGAGAUGGGCAGAGUACUAGGACAAGUGAUUGAUACUAUGAGACUGGCUCCUGCUCACUUGGUUUUGCAUGAUUCGGCUUUGGGAUUGAGCGCGAAUUGGGUUUCAGAGAACUCUGAGUUGGUCAGAAGCGUGACACUAGUAGAUACAUCAACGAAAACCCAAGGGGCUUUGCCCUUCUGGGUCCUGGAUAUUCCAGUGAUUAGAGAGAUAGUAUUGGGGUCUUCGUUUGUAUAUGCCAAGAUGGUAAACUUUUGUUGCUCAAAGCGACUUGUGAUGAUGGACGCAGAUGCUCAAAGAGUACUCUUGAAAGGCAGAGAUGGAAGAAGAGCAGUAGUGGCGAUGGGAAAGAAUGUGAAUUGCAGCUUUGAUAUCGCAAAGUGGGGUGGUUCCGAUGGAUUAAAGCAUAUGCCCAUGCAAGUGCUUUGGUCUGAUGGAUGGUCUAAAGAUUGGACCGAAGAAGGAAAUCAGAUUGCUCAAGCUCUUCCACGCGCGAGUUUUGUUACACAUUCCGGAGGCCGUUGGGCUCAGGAGGAUGUAGCUGUUGAGUUAGCGGACAAAAUCUCUCAAUUCGUGUCAUCCUUACCCAGGACUGAGAGGAAAAUUGAGGAAGAGCCCGUCCCGGAGCACAUUCAGAAAAUGUUUGAUGAAGCAAGAGGCGGUUAUCAUGAUCAUGAUCACCAUCAUCGUCAUGGACAUGAACACCAUAGUGAUCAUGGAGCUGGCUACAUGGAACGCAUAUGGGCUAGGUGGUGGUUGGUGAAAGUGAUGAAUAGAUUGUAUUAUCGCUGAUAUUAUAGAUUAUAGAUGCUGGGGUCUCAUCUGUGCCAGAGAGAUCUUAUUUGCGGCUUCAUGUCGUAUGAUUUGUUUGAGUGUUUGACCCUGUUAAAAACCCUGAAAUAGUGACAAGACUGUGGAGGUGCUAACCGUGGUGAGGCCAUUUCUUUUGUUAUGUUCUUGGACUGUUAUAUUUUGGCACAAUUUUGGUAACUUAUUUGGUUAGUUGAUAUUUCUUA